AUGUCAUCAGCAACGUCGACCAGGGCUCCUUUGCGCAACAUCAUGUAUCUUACUGGCCAACAUCCCGUUGUACCUGACCCGGAUCUCAGCUCACCUAUCACACAUGUGAUUCUUGCAUUCAUGCAGGCAGCAAGCUUCAAUGCGGAAACUCAUGGCACCGAUUGGCCGCUCUUCAUGUCUGUUGAGGAGACUCGGGCCAAGUUUCUGCCUGGCACGAAGGUCAUGGUCGCCAUUGGAGGUUGGGGUGAUACCGAGGGGUUCAGCAUCGCAGCACGCACCGAGCAGAACCGACACAGGUUCGCAGCAAACGUGGCCGCCAUGAUACGUGGCACUGGAGCGGAUGGGGUCGAUAUCGAUUGGGAGUAUCCGGGCGGCAAUGGUGAGGAUUACAAGCAGGUCCCCAACUCGGACAAGGCGUGGGAGAUCGAAGCGUACCCUCUACUGAUGUCUGCUAUACGGAAAGCCAUUGGGCCCGAGAAACUCGUCUCUGCUGCUGUGCCCGGCCUUCUGCGCGAUAUGCUCGCCUUCAGCCCCACGACGUUGCCGUCUAUCAUGGACGAGGUAGACUUCCUCAAUGUCAUGACCUACGACCUGAUGAACCGGCGUGAUAAUGUGACUAAGCAUCAUACAGGCGUACAGCUGUCGCUCGAUGCCAUUAAACAGUAUACGGAAAAUGGGGCAUCUACAGAGAAGCUCAAUCUCGGGAUUGCCUUCUAUGUGAAGUACUUUCGAAUCUCACAGGGGAAUCACGAAAUGUGCUUGAAGGAUCCAGUUGGCUGCCCCACGGGCUUGAUGGAGGAUCCCGAAACAGGUGCUGAUCUUGGCAAGACCGGGGGCUUCAGUUGGCAUGAUUCUGUUCCUCACGAAGCUAAACUCUCAUUCACCAAAGCCCUGACUGACGGCACCUAUGACAACAUUCGAGGCGGCUAUUAUUACUUUGAUACUAAACAGAGUUUGUGGUGGACUUUCGACAAUCCUGACGCCAUAUUAAAGAAGUUCCCGGUAAUUGUGAUGGACAUGAAGCUGGGUGGCGUUUUUGCCUGGGGUCUUGGUGAGGAUGCACCUGAUUUCAAACAUCUUCGAGCAGUAAAUCUUGGCAUCAAGAGAAUAGAGGAUGAGAAAGAUGAGCUAUAG